GAAGUCCCUCCUCCCACGGGGGGGCGGGCGAACAACAUGGCGGCGCCCAGCAGCCAGUGAGGAGUGGGGAUCCUGGGAUCCAGGGCAGCGGCUGGGCUCAUGCGUUAUGGCCGCAUUCCCGCAUUCUUUCUCCUCACGCCUCCUGACAGGUUGGGUAGGAGGAUGUGUCUGGUAUCUAGAAAGAAGAGCUUUACUGGAAUCCCCUCAUAAGUUUAUGCACCUUUUCAGAAAUGUCAAUAAGCAAUGGAUUACAUUUCAGCACUUUAACUUCCUCAAACGCAUGUAUGUCACACAAGUGAAUAGGAUCCUGAAUCAGCAAGUAAAACCAAAGCCAAAACCAGUGGCAUCUCCUUUCCUUGAAAAAACGUCUUCAGAUGAAGCCAAAGCAGAAAUAGAUGAGAUGAGACCUCUUUCACCCCUAAGCCCCUCUUUGUCCAUAAAGCCAGAUGAAAAGCAGCUGAUAGAACUAGAAUCUGCUUCCACAAUUGAAGGCUCGAUAGAUGUGGGCAAAGAGACAAAAGAGGAAAAGCAGUGGAAAGAGAUGAAGGUGCAUCUUGACGACUUGCCAGGCAUUUUGGCUCGACUAUCCAAAAUCAAACUCACAGCUCUGGUUGUAAGUACCACUUCAGCUGGAUUUGCGUUGGCUCCAGGUCCUUUUGACUGGCCGUGUUUCCUGCUUACUUCUCUUGGAACAGGCCUUGCAUCCUGUGCUGCCAAUUCUAUCAAUCAGUUUUUUGAGGUGCCAUUUGACUCAAACAUGAAUAGAACAAAAAACAGACCUCUGGUCCGUGGACAGAUCAGCCCAUUGCUGGCCGUGUCCUUUGCCACUUGCUGUGCAGUUCCGGGAGUCAUUCUCCUGACCUGGGGAGUGAAUCCACUCACAGGAGCCCUGGGACUCUUCAACAUUUUCCUAUACACUUGCUGUUACACACCACUGAAGAGGAUGAGCAUUGCCAACACUUGGGUCGGAGCUGUGGUCGGGGCCAUCCCACCUGUCAUGGGCUGGACAGCAGCCACUGGUGGCCUCGAUGCAGGAGGACUUCUUCUGGGAGGAAUCCUCUACUCCUGGCAGUUCCCACAUUUCAAUGCACUGAGCUGGGGCCUGCGUGAAGACUACUCCCGGGGUGGCUACUGCAUGAUGUCGGUGACUCACCCAGGCCUGUGUAGGCGUGUGGCAUUGCGCCACUGCCUGGCCCUGGUCGGACUGUGCGUGGCUGCCCCUGUGCUAGACGUCACCACGUGGGCCUUCCCCGUCGUCUCCCUCCCCAUCAACCUGUACAUUUCCUACCUCGGCUUCCGGUUCUACAAGGACGCCGACCGGAAGAGCUCCCGGAAACUGUUCUUCUGCAGCCUGUGGCACCUGCCUCUGCUCCUGCUGCUCAUGCUCACCUGUAAGCAGCGGCCAGGUGAGGAGGGGGACAAGGAAAAUGCUCAGAGCUGAUAAUAAGUGGGAACCUGGGGGAAGAGCUAAACAGAACACACAAUUCUUUUGUUGUUGGGUAAGAAUAUUUUUGUAAUUCUGGAGUGCAAGAAGGGAAAUCAUUGGCUUUAGUACAAGGUUGUAAAAUACUCUGGUGCUCAGUGUUCACUUAUAUAUGUGUGUGUGUGUGUGUGUGUGAGCAUAUAUAUAUAUAUAUAUAUAUGUAUAUGUAUAUGUAUAUGUAUAUAAUGUCCCUAAAUGCCCCCCAAAUAAGAAAUGAGUUGGCUUAGCCAGUUAAUACAAAGAAUAUUUUUCUCUUUGAUGAACUGUAUACACCUUGUAAGUAUACAUCACCAUCAUCCUCCAUUUUUCUUCUCCCUCGUGUAUAUCCUCUCCUUCUGGCCACACAUACACACACUCCCCACUCGGUGGCCAGAGUGGCUGUUGGUCAGACAAGUUCUACCAGACCUCUGUUCUGUGUCUCCGGGCCAGGCAGGGCCACCUCAGAGGAAAUGCACAUGGCAGUCACAGCACCCCUUUCCCUGCCAGUGAGCUGGGGCCCUGUUCCUGUCCUCUCCACCCCACCCCUGUUUUCAACUGCAUAUUACCACAGAAAAUAACACAACAAACAGGAUGGGCUACUGUACAGUUUGGAAGGAUGGAUUCCAAACAGUUACUCGGGAAAUCACAGAUUGCCCUGCUAACCCUUGUCCCCCACCACCACUCCCAUCAAAUAUCAGAAUUUUGGAAACUCCAAGCAGUCAAAAGUAUCUUUAUAGUUCACUUGGAAAUAACAGGCACCGUCUGAAGUAUUUCUUUCUGAAAGGGCAGCUCUUGCCUUAAUUCCAGAAAUCCCUGCAUCAUGGCUCCCAGACUAUACCUCUUCAGUCCCUACUGAGCCUCAUCAGCUCCUCUUUGCUGCUUGGCUUUCUCAAGGCCAUGUGAGAAGGGAAGCUGAAAAAAAAAAAAGGGGGAGCUGGGCUAGCAGCCCACAUAGCUUGCAUUCUUGUCCUUCAUAGAAACCACAUUUCCAUCUUGGUACCUCCUGAGUUCAGAAACUAGCCUCCACAUGUGCAGUGGCUUUGAGAGCCAGGCUUCCAGUGAGGAUGGCCCUACUUCUGGAGACUUGUGAGUUUUCCUAUAGCCAGAGGUGGCCUCAUGUAUCAAGACGCUGUCACCUGUGAGUUCCUCAUCCUUUGUGAACACCCCAAAGUCCAGAUAGAGUCCCAGCUGCUCAGAAUGUUUAGAUUCUGACUGGAUGUUUUAAUUACACAGGCUCCUGGGGCCCUGCUGCCCUUUAGAGAUUUGUUCAAGAGGUUUAAGCAACAUUUUAGCAGUCAUAUGACUGUUCUCUCAGAAAUAUGUAGGGUUAGGAAUGGAGCUUAGUGGUAGAGCACUUAGCCAGUAUUCGUGAGGCCAGGGUUCCAUCCCCACCACCACAAAAAAAGAAGACAACUAAAGCAAUUGCAUAUAGCAAUUGCACCCAGUCCUUCUGGAAUAUUACCCCUUGCUCACGUCCAGGUUGUUUGCUGUGGGAACAUGGCAUAGGAAUGUCUGGAAAGGGCACCUACAACUUGUUGUAGCCCUUAAAUUUGUAAAAUGUGUUGAUUCUCCCCCUUCUACAAUAAAACUGUAUCAGA